AUGGCGCAGUGCGCGAGGGUGGCCGAUGGGGCGAUUUCUCGGCCCACCGCCUCCCGGUCGUCGGUGCGCAGGGAUCAUCGACGAGCCGUGAUGACCCGCGCGCUUUCCUCCCGAUCGACGCCCGACCGCGAUCUCCGCCCGAGGCGCGCUUUCAUCGGGGCGGUCCUUCUAUCGGUGCCGACGUUCUCGGCAGCGUCCGUCGCCGGGGCCGCGGAGUCGGUGGAUGAGCUGCAGCGAUCUCUCGUGGCCGCGUACGAGGUCCAGGACUUCACCGCGGCUCUGGACGUUCUCGGGCGCUUACGGCGGAUGGAACCCAAGGAACUGAAGUGGAUCGAGGCGGACGCCACCAUCUCCACGGACCGCAAAGACUUCGAACGAGCGCUCAAAUCGUACGACGUCGCUUACGAGAUCGCCAAGGGCGACGCGGGAGCCGAGGCGAGGAUCCUGAACGGCCGCGCCCUCGCCAGGGAGGGCGUCUACGAUUGGCCAAACGCUCUCGAUGAUUACGACGAGGUGCUCAGGCUGGCGGAGUCCAACGGUUUCGCGCCGGACCCUUACGUCUUAAACUCCCGGGGCAACGUUCGCGGUUCGCUGAACCGUUGGAUGGACGCGAGGGACGACUACGAACGCGCGGGGGACCUGUUCCAGAACGCGAAGGGGUUCCGCAACGGCGCGAGCACCACACAGAGGCUGGACGGCGCGAUAUACGCGUACAGCAACAGGGCGCUGGCGACGGCGCAGUUGGGCGACGAGGAUGGCGCGCUGCGGCAACUGGAGGCGCUCACGAGGCGAGCGCCCAACUCGGCGGACGUGCGAGCGGCGGCGGCGGCGCUCUAUUACUCCGCGGGGAGGUACGCGGAGGCGGAGGACGCGUGGGAGAGGGCGUGCAGCAGGGAGGCGGGAUGCGCCAAGUACAAGGACCUCGAUUACGUCAGGCGCAUACGGCGGUGGCCGCCCGCGAUGGUUGGAAAGUUGGAGAAGUUUUUAGAGCUCAAGUCGUGA